UCUCGGCUUCCUUUGUCUCUCCACCUUCAUCUCUUCUCUUGCCACCCACCACAUCCAUCUCGGUCGUAGCAACGCCUAGCUCGACUCCCCUGGCAGGAUCGCGGCGUGACGAUCCUGGUCCAGAUGCCCCAACCGUCCUUCUCUCACCCCGGCACGGCUUCGGCGGGCGAGUCGUCGUCGACCUCUCCAACGGCGCCGCUCGACGCCUUUCUCGACGAUCAGCACCAGUCAUUCUACGAGAACAUAUACAAGUCUGAGGCGGCAUGUCUGUGUAUUCUGAGGUUGCUGCCUCCCGUCUGUCGACAGAUAGUCCUGCACGUCCUGUGGUCGCAUCAGACACUCAAGUCGUCUGAGCUGAAGGCAUUCUGCGGUAUUGACGAGCGACUAGCGCCGGAAGAAGCUGAGGAGGUGCUGCGCCCGGCACGCGCCCGACACAUCUUCCUGGCGUUGAACCACAAGCACAACAAGUUUCAAUGGCCUUUGGGAGAUACAUUCAAGCAGGGAUUGCGAAAUGCCCUCACAGGGCUCGGGACAUCCAACUCGUUCGGAGUGCCCUACCGUCGUUCUGCACACGAUGAUUCUCCCACCCAGACGGAGCUGGUAGACUACGGCGAGGACACCUGGGAGUCGAUUCUCAAAUACAUGGUCUCGUCAGGCCUCCUUGGCAGGCGAAACCCUCACAGGCCGAGCAGCUCCGUCUUGGAUCUCCUUCAAAAAUCUGAGCUGAUGGCCGACCCCCAUGCUCAAGACGGGCGACCAGUGUCUUACGACCGGUUGACGAUCACAUCAAAGGGCUUCCAGUUCCUCCUCGAAGACCGGCAGGCGCAGCUCUGGCAGCUUCUAAUGUACUUCGUCAAGCACCGUGAGGAUCGAGGAGAAUCGGCCGCCGACGUUGUCUCCCUGCUCUUCUCACUCGGCUGCAUGCAGCUCGGGCAGGACUACUCUGCGUCGGACAGCUUCCCCCUCUCCUACGACAUUCUCGAUGACCUCGAGCAGUAUGGCUUCAUUUACAAGCGCCGAACGCUCUCCAAUGGACGGAAACGAGAUCAGUUCUUCCCCACGCAUCUCGCCACCUCCCUCUGCUCGGGCGACUCUUCCGUUUCGCGCUCGCAGAGCGCCGACGACAAGCGGUUCCUCAUUCUGGAAACCAACUACAAGAUCUACGCAUACACUUCCAACGAGCUCGAGAUUGCCAUUCUCAACCUCUUUGUCGACAUCCGUAUCCGUUAUCCCAACCUCGUGGUCGGCAAGCUCGACAGGAAGCACGUCAAAGCCGCGAUGGACAAGGGCAUCUCGGCCUACCAAAUCAUUGCAUAUCUCGCGAGUCACGCACACCCUCAAAUGUACAACCACCCACCGCCACUGCUCCACCCCUCGGUCACAGACCAACUUCACCUUUGGGACCAGGAGCGUAACCGCCUCAAGGCCGAGGACACGUCCAUGUUCGAGUUCUUCUCCAAGGAGCUGUUCGAGGAGACUGUGGCCGAGGCCAAGCGCAUGGACUGCCUCUUCCUGUCGGUUCCAGAGAAGAAGCUUAUAUUCCUUGACCCUGGCUCGCGGGAGUCUAUCAAGGACUUCAUCAAGACGAAGCAGGCCCAGUUGCGUGGAGGGUAUUGAGCACAGUGUGGUGGUGGUAGCGUAGCAUAGAGCAUAUAAAAUGCAAAUGUAUCAAAGCAGAACA